ACUUCUCAAUAUCAUUGUGAUACUUGUGAUUUUGAUGCUUGUCCUAGUCAUUGUAAGUCUGGUGAAAAAUGUGAACCUAAAAGUCAUUGUCGAAAACGUCAUCCACUUCGUUAUUCGCAAUCACCAGCAAUGUGGAUGUGUGAUGAAUGUAGAAAACUUUGUUAUGGAAGACGUUUAAAAUGUAAUCAAUGUGAUUAUGAAAUGUGUCCAACAUGUUUGUCAAAUGAGGAUCUUGCUUAUUUGAAAAUUCGUUCCUUUAUUCCAACUGACAAUUGUUUUGAAAAUUUAAGAGAGUGGUUACAUCUACCGGAUGAUGACAUUUCAUUUGUGACAGAAGAAGAUAUGGACGAAAUAUUUCUAUGA